AUUCUACUUCAUAUUUUCCAUAUUCAUCCUCAUAAUCUUCAUCUUCAUCAUCAAUACACUGCCAAUUCUAAUCUUGUUCUCCAGGCUAAUAGAUCUGAACUACCACGCAGAGAUCAUGAACCAUCAGGAGAGCCAGAGUCCUUAUGGGGUAAAAUUAAUCCAAAAGACUUUGGCACUAGAGCUCAAAGGGAUACUGUAAAAAAUCUGCAAGCGAAAAAGACAAAGGCCCUAAAAUCUGCUGAUGCUGAGGAAAGAAGGAAUCGACGAAAAGAAGAAAACGCGUUAAAGAAGGCAUAUGGUUAUUCUAAUGUUCUUGCUGCUACUGAAUAUUUUGAUGGAUUGUCUUAUAGGCCAAGAACAAAAGAAACACGUGAAACUUACGAAUUAAUUUUGGCCUUUGUUCACCAAAAUCUUGGUGAUCAGGCACAAGACGUGAUUCGCAGUGCUGCUGAUGAUAUUCUACAAGUUUUAAAAGAUGAUAAACUUAAAGAUUUUGAUAAAAAAAAAGAAAUUGAAAAUGUUAUUGGGUCCAUAACCUCUGAUCGGUUUGCUCAAUUAGUAAACCUUGGAAAAAAAAUUACAGAUUAUUACUCUGGUGACCAAAUGGAUUUGGAUAAAGAUAAUGAGCUCGCUGGUGAGAUUGACGAUGAAUUAGGUGUAGCA